AAAACAGUGAUAAGAAAAUUGUGAGAAUUUUUAUUAAGCCGGACAUAACUGAUGGAAAUCUAACAAAUUCAAAACGUGUUCUUAUUACAUUCUUGCCUGACAUCGUUUGGAAUACUAGUGCCCAAGUAGAGUGUAUUAAUAUUGUUUUUAUUUAAAUAACUAAAACAAAAGUUAAAACUUAAAUUAGUUGAAUUACGUCAACAACUUGUUAAAAAAAAAUAUAUAUAAAAAUAAAUAAAAUAAAAUGAGUUUACAAUCUAUUAAAUACGUUCCGGGCAAAUUGGAUAUUUUGGAUCAGCUGUUGCUGCCAGUGCAGUCCAAGUAUGUAGCUGUGAAAGGUGUCGAGGAUGGAUGGAAAGCAAUUAAUAAAAUGCAGGUCCGCGGCGCACCAGCAAUUGCCAUUGUGGGUUGCCUAUCAUUGGCGGUGGAAUUAUUGCCCGAAGAUUUUGAUUCAAAAAAAUCUUUACGCCAAGAAAUUGAAGGCAAAUUAAAUUAUCUUGUAUCGGCGCGUCCAACAGCUGUGAAUAUGAAGAUUGCCGCCGAUGAAUUAAUUGCCUUAGCCAAUGAGCUGACCAAAGAUGAGGCUGUGAAUGUGCUGGAAAUGAAGCAAAGAUUUUUGCAUGCCACAGAAGCGAUGCUACAAAAAGACAUUGCCGAUAAUAAAGCUAUUGGUAAAAAUGGUGCUGAAGCCAUAUUGAAUACAUGCGCCAAAGAUACCGCAAUACGUGUGUUGACACAUUGUAAUACCGGCUCCCUGGCGACUGCUGGUUAUGGCACUGCCUUAGGUGUAGUGCGGAAAUUGCAUGAACUUAAAAAAUUGGAGCACGUCUACUGCACGGAGACACGUCCAUAUAAUCAAGGCGCGCGCCUAACCGCCUACGAGCUGGUGCAUGAUAAACUUCCGGCCACACUAGUGUUGGACAGUAUGGUUGCGGCGUUGAUGCGUGCCAAAAAUAUUGCUGCCGUCGUCGUUGGCGCUGAUCGGGUGGCGGCCAACGGUGAUACGGCCAACAAAAUUGGUACUUAUCAAAUAGCCGUUGUGGCCAAACAUCACGGUGUGCCUUUCUUCGUUGCAGCGCCGUUGACAUCGAUUGAUUUGCAAAUACCCAGUGGCGAUCAUAUAAUCAUUGAGGAGCGGCCCGAUCGCGAGAUGACACAUGUGGGUGAACAUAGAAUAGCGGCGCCAGGCAUCAACUGUUGGAAUCCCGCUUUCGAUGUCACGCCAGCUGCGCUCAUUUCGGGCAUCAUAACAGAGCGUGGUGUUUUCAGUCCACAAAAGCUGAAGGCUGAGAUUAGCGCAUUGGUAGAGCAGUGAAUUUAUAACGGGGGAAAAGGAGCUAAAAUUAAACUUAAUAUGAUAACAAUCUACGAUACUUACAUAUAAAUACGAAAUGUGGCCUUUGUUGUGUGAAGGUGUCCGCUUGCUGUUAAGCUUCCAAUUUUGUGCGUGCAUAAAAAUAUUCUUUUUUAAUGCUCUGAUUUGAUUUUAUAACAAAUACAUACAUACAAAUAUAUAUAUAUUUUUUUUUGUAAAUGCUAUGGCUUUUGUCAAAUGAAUUUCUUAGCUUUAAGUUGUGAUAUUUGUGGUGGUGUAGCACAAGGUCCGGCUAAUUGAUACUCCACAAAAAAGAAAAAAAAAUAAUUAAAUAAAAUAAAACAAAACU